GGAGCACUGACAUGUUAAUGUUUACACUGGAAAAACCCUGAGUCUUUAUCAACAGUUUGAAACUAGCAGCCAAUGUUACUUAAGUAAGUUAAGAUGUCUCACUUAGACCCACAUUUACUGCAUUUACAACAAACUGACCAUUUCCUGUGAGUGAACACAUUGAUCCCUACUAAAGGUUUCCCUGCAGCUUUCAUCAGGAUUAGUGUGUGUGUGUGUGUGUGUGUGUGUGUGUGUGUGUGUGUGUGUAUAUAUAAGCUGUUGAAUCUUGUUCAGACUGGUUUGGUGUCAGGAUGGAGGCUGUGUUUCUGCUGCUGUUCCUCUGUUUGUCUCCAGUGGUUGGUCAGGGUCAGGUGGAGGUUUCUGCCCCCCGGAGAGAUGGCGUGAGGAUGGUGGUGAGAAGGGGGCUAGACGAUGUCAGGAUGCAGGCAGACGUCCCUCCAGACUUGGCUGUCCUCUGGGACGAGCUGCAGGGCUUGAAGGAUCUGGUGCUGAGCCUGAAGGCAGCAGAGGUGGGGCAGCGUCAGAGUCUGCGAAACAUGGAGAGUCGUCUCAGGGACGGGGAGAUGGAGGUGGAACAACAGCGACACAGCAUGGAAGGACUGACGGAGACACUGAGCCAGUACAGGAAGGAGAUGAUUAACCCCGCUUUGAGGACGGAGGCAGACAGGAAGCCUAUUGUACUGAACACAGACCUGAGCAAGAAGGUGGAAAAGCUGGAGGAGCAGAGCAAGGCUCUGGCAUUGGAGUUGCCUUUCCUGCAGACAAGACUGAGGGCGAGUGAGCUCACAGUGGAGCAGCUGAGGAGGAAGAGUGCAGUGCUGGCAGUCAGAGUGUGUAACACUGAGAGCCUGAUGAAGGAGCUGAGGAGGCAGAGCUCAGCAGCCUUUGCCUCCAACAGUUCGUCUGAGGUGUCUGAGCGUCAGGAGGAGCUGAAUUCAAACACACCAGAUCAGAAGGAGAGACAGACUGAAGGUCAACAGCUGAACGAGCUGCCGACACAAAGUACAGGUAAACCUUCUGAGGGCGCACUCACACUAGCAAAGUGGUUAAUUAUAAUCAAAUACACUCAGUAACAGAGUUUACUUUACCUGAUAACAAACACCUGAAGAACACGCUGCAGUCUGCUGAUAAAAUAACAAACAGACCUUUUCUACACUCAAACAGUCUUAAUAUUAAAUCAUUUAUGAGUUUGUACUGAUAAUCUGAUGGUGAACUCUGUAUUUUAUAAACACUAAGGAAGGCUCAGGAUUAUUGAAAACAGGAUACACAAACCAUACGAUCAUUAACGAUCAUGAUGAAUGUAAAAUGUGUUUCUGACAGACUCCUCCCUCUCUGG